GCGCUGCCGCGCUCAUCACGCAUCAACGUUCGUGGACGGCUGCGUCGAGUUUCUGAGCGUCAAUCUCAUGCGGCCUCCAAUUCGAAAAUCCAGUUUACACAUGUUUAUUCGGGUCCAGGAUAAUAUAUCCAAAGACAUAUUGAGUUAAUAACGCUCAUGGACAUGGAAGCGGUGAACACCUUUAACGGGGAGAUGCUGUCCAUGUUGGACAUGACUCCCCCGAUCUCUCGAGCCAAAAUGAUGUCUGUAACCAAAGCAGGAAUCAAAGCUAUCAAGCUUUACAAGCACGUUGUUCAGAUCGUGGAGAAGUUCAUCAAGAGGUGUAAACCAGACCUAAAGGUUGCUGGUCUCUAUGUGGUCGACUCAAUUAUCCGACAGUCACGCCAUCAGUUCGGCACAGACAAAGAUGUGUUCGGUCCGAGGUUUUUGAAAAACUUCACUGUUACAUUUCAGAACCUUUUCCAGUGCCCAGCUGAUGAUAAGGGGAAGAUAUUGCGUGUGUUGAAUCUGUGGGAGAAGAAUGACGUGUUCAGCAUGGAUAUCAUUCAGCCGCUGUUAGUCAUGGCCACAGCUCCUGUACUACCUGUUGUGGAGAAUGGAAUCACAGCUGCCGCGCCUCCAGCUGUGCCAAUGCCAGUGGAAACUGCAGUGCCAGAGCCACCACCAGCACCAGCGGUUGAGACGGCAGCAGCCCCGCACUCCCUUCAGAACCCAGUGGCCCUUGCUGCAGUCGCCCAACUCCUCCAGGGCACAGGGGGCGUCGAGUUACAGCAGCUGAUCCAAACUCUCCAGCAGGCCGGAGGGGCGGGGCUUCCUCAGUCCACUGCUCCGCCCCCUGAGCAGAAACCAUCAUUAGCUAAGUCUCUGCUGGAUCGAUUUGAUUAUGAUGAUGACCCUGAACCUGUGGAGGAAAAGACUGAACCAGCCCCUGCUGCUCCCAUUACCAUAAACCUCCCACCAGAAUUACAGCAAGCCCUGCAAGCUCAUCUUCUAAGCCAAAUUGUUAACCAGACGCAGAUGCAGGGUCAGAUGGUGUCACAGGGUCAAGUGGCGUCCCAGGAUCAGAUGGCACCUCAGGAGUUCCCAGCGAUGGUUCAGACCCAAAUACCAGAUAAUACUCCUCAAGUCUUUGAUGAGAGUGUCAUACAGCCCAGUACAACCCAGCAGGCUUCAGCUGAGAGUGAACGCUCGGUGCAUGAUGGGAGAGAUCGAAGACACAGCAGACGGACGCGAUCAAGGUCUCCACGCUCACGAAGAUCGCGGUCCGGUUCACGUUCCCGCCGAGAACGGUCAAGGUAUCACCGCACGCGUUCCCGAUCCAGAGAGCGGCGAGGCCGUUCCCCACAGGCACGAUCAGAGGAGAGGAGAGACAGGGAGAAAGAGCGAGAGCGACGACAGAAAGGACUUCCGCCCAUCAAGAAGGAAACUCUCAGUGUGUGCAGUACUACAUUAUGGAUCGGACAGCUGGACAAAAAGACUCAGCAGCAGGACAUUGUGAGUCUGAUGGAGGAAUUUGGACAGAUCGAGUCCAUCAACAUGAUUCCUCCCAGAGGUUGUGCCUACAUUGUCAUGGUGCACAGACAAGAUGCCUACACAGCCCUGAAUAAACUCAGCAGAGGUGUUGUUAAAGUCAACCAGAAAACCAUUAAGAUCGCAUGGGCAUUGAAUAAGGGCAUAAAGACGGACUUGAAGAAGUUUUGGGAUGUGGAGCGGGGUGUCACGUAUAUCCCAUGGGAUAAAGUGAAAGCCGAUGAUAUUCGAAGUCUUCAAGAAGGAGGCUUGCUUGACGCUGAAACACUCAAACCAGAGUGGAAAAGUGUUGUGGCCAAUCCGGCUGUGCCAGUAACAGAAGGACCUGAAGGAAAACAGGAAGAGGGAGCUGCACUACCAGCGGUAUCACAGAGCCCCUCAGUUCAACCUGUUGCUACGAUGAAUCCCGUCAUCCCAGGACCCCCUCCUAACAUGAGUUUACCACCUCCAGCCAUGAUCACAGGAGCCUCCCCUCCGUCAUUCCCUCCUCCUGGAUUUAACCCCCCACAGAUGCCUGCAGGAUUUGCUCCUGCUGUCCCGUUGGCCUCUCUGAACCCUGCAGGUCCUCCUCCAUCCGUCACAGAAACCCCAAUUGAAGAACCUUCAGAUGAAUCCCACGAGGCUCCCAAGAGGCACAUGGACCUGACAGGAGCUCAAGCGCUCAGUCCGCCUCCUCUCGGGGGGAUUCUGGGGCCCAGACCGGGGCCCCUACCGCCACACGCCCCUGUGGGACUCCGCCCACCCUUCAUGCCCCCUUUCGCUAAUAACGGGCCCCGUCCCAUCAUGCCCCCUCCCAAUAUGCCCCCUCAAAUGAUGCCCCCUAGGGGCCCCAACCCCAUGUUCGGAGAACCCCCCGUGGGCCGAUUCCGGAUGCGCAUGAUGGGUCCUCCAAGACACGAUUUCCCCCCUCACAGGCUCCCAAUGCGUCCUAGAGGGGAGGAACCGCACUGGCGAGAUCAAGGUCCAGAAAGGGGCCCAGACAGAUUCGGAAACGAGCCACCGUUUCAGCGGGGUGGAUGGGGAAGGGGCGGCCCUCGCGGACGAAGUGGCUUUGGGAACUGAGUUGCGUGUUUUUUUUAAGGCACUGCUGACUUCAGCUGUGACUGGACUGUGCAAAACAGUACUCUACGUCCUUGUGAAACGGGAAUACGGAGAACAUAUUCUACGUAUUAUAUACGGAGUCCAUAUAAAAUUAAUAGACACUGUUUCUAAAAGUCAACAUCUCCGAAUAUGAGUGAUGGUGCUCACCUCUUUACAUGUCGUCAUGUUCGCUUGAAUAGGCGAGACACAACCAGGGAUCAUGUAUAUUAUGAAAUUCCCAUCUCGCUCCAUGCGAAAUCUUCGAGGUCUGUUGUUUUUGGACGUUACACUCACUACCACAGACUAAUAUUAGAGGUCUAGUGUAACAUGUUCAAUGUAAAUAGUCCAGGUUUGCACAUUUCACAAUUGUUCUACUAUAAAGAAAAAACCUGUGGAAACUGUUCAGCCCAUCUUCCGUUCUGUAUAUUCGGCGGUAGUAUUUACUUUAAAGCUUCUGUAGGCUUUUAGGAAGGAAGAAAAGCGAAACGCCUGUCAGCGGUAGAGCAUCAUCUUCGGCCGGUUAAUUUUACGAAGCUAUUUUUUACCAAUCAUUCUUGUUUUCUUUUUCUCGUCUUAAUGGUUUAUAUUAACAUGCUAAAACAAACACGAGUAAAUGUUGUGGCUACUUAAACUUGACUUGUAAGUUUUCUUUUGUAAGGACUUGAAGUGUAGAGAAUGCAGUAUUGCGGUUGUCUCAGUAGAGGGCGCCAUUUGUCAAGACUCAGACCUGAACCCUGUCAGUCUGGUAAAAUGAGGAAAAAUUUAUUUCUCAACCAGGGUUAUUAUAGUUAACUAAAACU